AGGCUAAGUUGAGAUGGGGGUGGCGGGUAGAAAGAGGAGAAAAGGGUAGCAGAACGGAGGCGAAGAUGCUGUGAAUGGCGCCGGGGUAGGAAGUUUCUAAUUUCUAAGCCCUGCAUUCAGGGCAUGUGGCAUAGAUUGGUAACUGCUUUCUCCCUUUGAGAAUACACACAAGCGUUCAAGGGCAUGUUUGAUGUGGUUCAGGGACUAGAAGAUGCUACGGUGGCAGGGCUGAUUCUGAAUGAUAGGAUGGAGUGGGACAGAGACUUGAUUCGAGAAUUGUUCAAUGACAGGAGCCUUCCGGUUAGCGUGGGGGAUAGCUUCGUGGAUUGGGUGGCUAAAUGCUUGAGCACAAGGAAAGUUGAUCAUGACAGAAUGUUUGUGAUGGCCUUUUGGAGUAUAUGGCGAGCAAGAAAUGCUAAGGUAUGGGAGCAGAAAACUAUACCAGUUAGCUGCAUUGUGGCAGACGCAAAAGCAAUGUUGGAGGGGUGGAGUAGGGCCGAGGAGGGUGUUCACAAUUCGGCGCAGCGACGGGGAAGCUCAUGGAGCUGGAGCUGACCGGAGGGAAGGUAGUGACUUGGGGUUGCUAGUUCGUAACAAGAGAAAUAGGACUCAAAACAUUGUUUUCAUAUGGACAGAGUCCAUUUUUGACAUUUCGGCUCUCACACCACUCCAAAUGGUCUCAAGGAUGCUCUCCGUCAAUAGCAGAUUAGCAGAAGCUUUAUCAAUAAGAGAGGCUCUUAGUUGGUUAAAAGAAGCUUGAUGGGAUUUUGUUGACGUGUGGAGUCCGAUGCUCAACAAGUUAUUCAAAGUAUUAACUCGGGAGUGGAUGUGGACAUAUCUCGGCUAGUUUCACUAGCAUCUCAUUUUCUCAUGUGAAGCGCUCUACGGACCGGGUGUCUCACCAAUUAGCGAGAGUCACUUGUUCUAU